AAUGUCGUACACAACAAUAUUCUCAUUAACACUUCUGGCCAUGAUGGACAUGCUGUCGGAGUGGAUAAAAACUGCGAGCAAAAUAUUAACUUCCAAAAGAAUUGGUUUGCAGCCAAAGGUGUGCAUGGCACAUGGGAUCAGCUCAGUGACUUGGCACCAAACAUUUCUAUCUACCGUCCUCUGAAGCGCCGCUUUGCUGUGUUCAUGGGCAACGCAUAUGGUGGUACCACGCAUACAAAUCCUGACACCUCAACAUCCGUCAAGAAAGUAUCAUCAAAAGCAAUGGAGCAUAAUUUGCACAUUUACAUCCCUGGC